GUGAAUAAAUAAAAGCAACGUUAGUCGCUUCUGAGUAAAGAACGAAUCCCAAAGCUCAUUUAUUCUUUUCUUUUGUAUUAUUCUUUCAAUUUUUUUCCGAUCGACGGUGGUUGAUCGGCGACGGCGUAAUGGCCGGAGGAAUCGUUUCACCCGCCACUCUACUCGACCUAAUCACCGAUAUUGUCGAGAUUCCACUCAACGCCGGCAUUUUCAAGAAGGAUUGCGCGGAUCUCACUCGACGAGUCUGUCUCUUGACGCAUUUGUUAGAAGAGAUUAGAGACUCAACUCCGAUCGAUUCCGCCGCUUCGUCGUCGUCGGAAAAUGACUGGUGGUCUGAUCUUGUGGCGGGACUUCAAGCCGCGAAGCGUCUUCUCUCCACAGCUCGAUUCCAAGCUCGCGAUUCCUCUGAUGGUGCUGCGAAGAGAAUCUCAUUCCAGUUCCAAUGUGUUACAUGGAAGCUUGAGAAAGCAUUGAGCAAUCUUCCAUAUGAUCUUUAUGAUAUCUCUGACGAAGUUGGAGAACAAGUGGAGCUAGCGAGAUCGCAAUUGCGAAGAGCAAUGCAGAGAUAUGGAUCGUUGAAUUCGAAUAAGUUCUCGAGUGCUUUAUCUGAGCCAAUGGAGAUAGAUGGUUUUAGUAAUAUAAAGAUUAAGGUUGAGGAGAAGCUUGAGAGUGUUUCAGAAACACUUCAUUUUGUUGAGGAGGAGGAGAAGCAAGAUUCGCCGCCUCUAAGGAGAAGCUCUUCCAUUUCGUUGGCUUAUUAUUUGUCCAAGGAUGCUGAUACCGAUAGAUUAGACAAAAUGGUUAACAAGAACACUGAUGAAUCGAAGAAAUCUGAUAAACUCACGAUUCCGGUUGAUUUUCUUUGUCCGGUGUCGCUGGAAUUGAUGAAGGAUCCUGUUAUUGUUGCUACAGGACAGACUUAUGAGAGGGCGUACAUACAGAGAUGGAUCGACUGUGGGAAUCUAACAUGUCCUAAGACUCAGCAGAAACUCGAAAACUUUACACUUACACCAAACUAUGUUCUCAGAAGCCUCAUCUCUCGGUGGUGCACUGAACACAACAUUGAGCAACCUGCAGGUUACAUUAACGGCAGGACAAAAAACAGUGGAGAUAUGUCGGUGAUCCGGGCGUUGGUUCAGAGACUCUCAAGCCGGUCAACAGAGGAUCGAAGGAAUGCGGUUUCUGAAAUCCGGUCUCUGUCAAAGAGAAGCACGGACAAUCGCAUUCUGAUUGCAGAAGCAGGAGCAAUCCCUGUUUUGGUGAACCUUUUGACCUCAGAGGACGUUGCAACGCAGGAAAACGCAAUCACAUGCGUUCUCAACCUCUCUAUAUAUGAAAACAACAAAGAGCUGAUAAUGUUUGCUGGUGCAGUCACCUCAAUUGUUCAAGUCCUUAGAGCCGGAACCAUGGAAGCAAGAGAAAACGCAGCAGCGACACUCUUUAGCCUUUCGUUAGCCGAUGAGAACAAGAUCAUAAUAGGCGGAUCGGGUGCGAUACCUGCCUUAGUGGAUCUGCUUGAGAACGGGACCCCGAGAGGGAAGAAAGAUGCAGCCACGGCAUUGUUCAAUCUCUGCAUUUAUCAUGGAAACAAAGGUAGAGCGGUCAGAGCUGGUAUAGUAACAGCAUUGGUUAAGAUGCUUAGUGAUUCCACCCGCCAUCGGAUGGUUGAUGAAGCUUUGACAAUUCUCUCGGUUCUUGCAAAUAAUCAAGACGCGAAAUCCGCGAUAGUAAAAGCGAAUACUUUACCCGCAUUGAUAGGUAUUCUCCAAACGGAUCAAACUAGAAACCGAGAGAAUGCAGCAGCGAUAUUACUGUCUCUGUGUAAGAGAGACACUGAGAAACUGGUCUCUAUCGGUAGACUCGGCGCGGUUGUCCCGUUGAUGGAUCUAUCGAAGAAUGGAACAGAAAGAGGCAAAAGGAAAGCCAUAUCUUUGUUAGAGCUUCUCCGUAAAGCAUGCCAAUAAUAACUAGUCUUCUGACAAAAACAAAAAGGUUCAUCAAGCUCUCAUUUUUAUUGAGUUUAUUAAAUUAUGUUAAUAUUC